UGUGCCGUAACCCACUAGCCUCUCCCAGUGUGACACAGCACCUUUCUCUACCUGCAGUACUACCUUUGGUCAUCACAACCGGUCGAGGUGCAUCACCUACAGUACUACCUUUGAUCAUUACAACCGGUCGAGGUGCAUCACCUGCAGUCGACCUUUGGUCAUCACAACCGGUCGACGUGCAGCACCUACAGUUCUACCUUUGAUCAUUACAACCGGUCGAGGUGCAUCACCUGCAGCAUGUUGGGCGUGGCUGUUAUCUCGUCCAGAUGGGCACUAUUCCUCGUGACGCUGCUGCACACGGGCUCAGGGCACGCUCCCUACCGAGAUAAAAUACCCAACGGUCACAAUGUCCCCAGCCCCUGCAAGCCCGGGGAGACGUGGGCAGGGGUGGGGCACAAGCUGAUGGCGGGGGGCGGGGUCAGGAACACCUUCGGACAGGAUUUUGCAGACAACGGCAAGGAAUGGACAAGAGCGCUGUGUGAGAAAGAUUCGGACAGUGACGGAUUGACCAAUGGUCAGGAACUGGGCGACCCCAACUGUACCUGGUCUCAGGGAAUGACAAACCCCACCGGUUCAACGCUAUCCCACCCAGGUGUGUGUGACCCCUGGAACGACCCCAAGUGUCUGGCCAGAGACGAGAGUUGGGUACUGACGGCCUGUCAGUCUUCAGACUUCACCUGCAGCAGCAUCAAUGACGUCAACGUGCGAAACAUGGAUCUGAAGAUACCACGGACAUCUGUACCACCAGUUGAAACAACCUACAUGUGUCAGAUCUUCUCCAUCCCCAACGACACCGACUACCACAUCAUUGCCAGCACGCCCAUCAUCGACAACGUCAACAUCAUGCACCACGCCGUCAUCUUCGGCUGCACUGAAGAUGAAGAUGAAUCCCUUGCCCCCUUUGUUUGCGGCAUGCUUCCUGGUGGGAGCUGUCGUGCCCUCGUGAGCCUCUGGACAUUGGGCAACGCUGGUGAUUGCAUCCACGAGUCGGUGGGAUUCCGGAUGGGGGUACACGGCUUCAAGAAGUUAGCUGUUCAGUUGCACUGGAACAAUCCCGAAAAGAGAAGUGACUAUUUCGACCAAUCAGGAAUGAAAAUCUACUUCACCCCGGUCCUGCGAGCUUAUGAUGCAGGUAUCCUGACAACUGGUCAAGAGAGCCUACUGAUCCCACCUGGAGAGCCUAGUGUGAAGACCAUGGCCAGAACCCCCGGCGCAUGUACCAACCGUUCCUUCACAGGGACAAUCUAUGUAACAGAAGCUGCUAACCACAUGCAUUACCUAGGUGUCUCCCAAUCUCUGGAGCUCUACAGGAAUGGCGUCAAAGUCCGAGAUCUUGCACGUGACCGUAAAUAUAACUAUGACAACCCACUGACCCACAAAUUCAGUGAGCCCGUUGAGAUCCGACCUGGUGACGAGCUGAGGACGCAUUGUGAGUUCGCAUCCUCCAAGAAGUCUACGACAACGAUGUUCGGUGAUGCGACGUCCGACGAGAUGUGCUACAGUUUCAUCACCUACUACCCUCAACAGAAGUCCAACAGACCAUUCUUCACCAACUUCAAGAGUAUUCCUAAAUGCAUGCUUGACAUUGAGGACACGUACGAAGGUUGUGCUUGGAAGACAAUUUUAUCCGACCCCGAAUUAUUGCAGCUUCAAGUCCUUGUGAACACCACUUGCAACUUGUUUGAGAAGUGUUCGCCGGCAUGUUACAACGCCAUUCAGACAACAAAGCAGCACAAAUGUUUCCAGGGCGAUAUAUGGAAAUAUAACAUCUAUACACUGUUAAGGAUGAAGGUCACGGUCACGUUUCUCAUGAAGUUGCGGUCGUGUGAGUGUGAAGACGUUGCACCCUCCUCAGCAUCCCCUACAGCCCCCGACGCAGUCUCCAAGCCUGACAACAGCACCUGUGACUGGGCAGGCUUAUAUGUUCCAUCGGUUGCUAACCCACUCGACACUAUCUUCAUCAACGUCACCGGCAGUUGUGCUGCUACGGGCGACUGUCUCCAGGAGUGCGUGCCUGCUGUCAGGGCUGCGAGGGAACAUCCGUGCUUCCAGGGAGCGGAGUGGGAACACGGACGGCGCUACCUCUAUGAAAGAUCAAACUCCAAGACUCUGGAGUUUCUCUUGGACUUUGAAUCCUGUAAUUGCGAGUUGAGGAUCGCUGCUACACCUCCUACUACACCUGCUACUGAAUCUGAUACGAAACCUACAACGGGUGCAGUUUCAUUUCAGUAUAGUUAUCAGCACUUUGUUCUUCUAACAAUCAUUUCCGUCUUCAGUGUUCUUGCUUCGUAAAGAGAUACGCUUAACAAACCUUAUAAUUCUGUACCGAGAUCCGAUGACUAAGCAAAUGAGGUUAUCUAUCAAAAACUCUUUUCAUAAGCUCUAUACAUCGAUGGCAUGCCUACUGGCUUGAAAAUACUAUUUCAUGACGUUCCCCAAAGGUUGGUAGUUUUUGUAAACAAGCGUGGCUUCACAUAACUUGGCACUAUAUAUAUAUAUAUAUAUACAUGCAUGUUAUUCCUUCGCUGUUUCUAAGUUGUCUUUGUGAAUGAAAUUUUCACAUCGUGUUUCAUGUAUAAUUAUAACGUUGUAACUACCCACUUGUCAACUGCUACUGUAACUGCAGUUUGUACUCCUACUGCUACUGUUACUAUAACUGAUUCCCUUCCUCCUCCUACCACUAUAACUUCUAUUGCUACAGCUACCACCACCACUACUACAACUACUACUACUACUACUAGUAGUACUACAUACUACAACUACUACUACCACCACUACUACUACUACU